ACCAGGUUAAAGGUGACAUGAAGUACCACUUCCAAGAUGGAGACACUAAAACACCAGCAGCCUUCCUGAAUGAGCUUAAAGCCCAGAGCACACCUAUAUUGGGGAACGUCCUGAUACACAUUCGUCUAGUUUUUAAGAACUUGACCAGAGUACCCACUGAGGCUGAGGUUCUCAAAGCUGCUAAUGCUCUGCUGGAACCAAAUGCCAGAACAGUGCGAGAUCUUACAACACAAAAACUGAACGAACCUGUGAGCAUACAGAACGUCACCUAUCAGAAAAUUGACAGCAACUCAUACUUUAUCAGCUUUGCAUUCCAAAUCCGUGAUGUGAACAUCUCCAAGGACAUCCAGCUGAUGAACAUAACAUAUGAUAUAAUCCAAAACAGCAUCAACAGCCUGCUGAACACUAUUCUGAAUGCAAAAGGUGCUCAUUCGUUUGACUUCCCACGAGCAAACUACCUGAUUAAUGGUACAGUCAUUGUGGCUGAUUCAGAAUUCAUCUUUGUGGAAGGUGAAACCAAGUGGACACCAAGUGGAUUUCUUGCUGCAAUACUCAACAUUAGCGGUCUGUUGAACUUCACCACUCCUGCUGCUCAAACAACCCCCCCUGUCCAUGUAGUCCUGAGGCCCACAGUCCAAGCACACAACAGCACCUCUGGGGGAAAUGCUGCAUGGAUCCUGGCCAUCAUUAUCCCCUGCAGUAUAGUCAUUAUUCUCAUACCGUGCUGGAUUCUGCUCUGCUGUCUGCUGUGUGGCUGCUGUGCUGGUUUAAGGAGGCGCUACAACAGAAGACGGUCCUACAAUGUCCAACGCACAACAUGAAACAGACGCUUUUAAAAAUAGACGUGUAAAAUAAGCUCAUAAAAAUAUGACUUGUAACUCCAAACCCAAAUGUACCUAAUAUUUAAAUUAUUUAUUAAGGAUAUUUAUAAUAAGCCUUAUCAAAUGAUGUCUCUAAAUAGUUCUUAUUUUAUUCUGAUUUGUUAUUCAAUAAUACAUCAAGUUGUGGCAAAAUAAUUUGUCAUUUAAAUUAAACUUAGUAAUACUGAAGAUAUUUUUCAUGAUCCAUUUUAAAUUAUGUUAAUUUCAAAUUGGGAUUAAUUAUAAUAGUAUUGGCCCUUAUCCAGAGUUGCAUAGAAACAAGCAUGGAUUCAAUCGCCUGGAAUGACCUAUGAAUAAACCUGCUUCUGAUUCAAGAAACUGUCAUACAACAUCAAAACAAGUGUUGAUUUGAGAGCAUAUGUUAAAACAACCAUAAGAAGAAGAAGCUCCAUCCACUAUUUACAUGUUUGUACACUAUUUAUUAUUUCAUAUGCAUAAGGCACACCCUAAUUUAAAUCAACUUCAGAGAAGCUAGAAGAGUUAGAGGUGCUUGUGCCUGAGGUUGGUGAAUGUAGAAAUAUUCUUUUCAGAAGCCUCAAAAAAUAAUGUGAAUAAAAAUAAAGUGGUAGCAUCCCCCACCACUUAGUAGGACAUUUUCUAAUAAGACAGCAGUGACUGAGAGCCUCAAUUCUGCCUUCAGAACUCAGGGAACCAUUUGGCACAUACACUCAACUACAUACUUAUUAGCAUCCUUCAAAGGACCUGCUAAAAUGACAGGAAACAUUACAAACAAUUAUUUGGAUGUUACUAUGGUGGUUGAGGAUCCUUGUGCUGGAAGACUUUAUCAACAAAAUCCAGUCAGUCAGGGCAAAAGCACACACACACACACACACACACACACAAAAUGGUAGAGCAGCAAGGGUUAUACACAGGUUCCCAGCUCUGGUCCUGGAGAACCCAUUGUCCUGGACCUUUUAGUGUUUUCCUGCUCUAAUACUACCACGCACUCAUUUUUGAGUUUUCAAUAACUUCAAUCAUCUGAGUG